UGCAUUUUGAAGGAUUGAUGUCGACAUUAGAGGAUUACCUGGUGAUGGUGGGCAUGUAUAAAACCGAGAGCCACCGGCGACGUUCACAGUACAGUGCCGGCAUCUCCGAGAGCCCGAGGAGCUUCAAAAACAUCCACUAUGAAACUGUUCGUGGUUUUCUGUCUGGUGGCCCUGGCCGCGGCCCGGCCGCAGGAUUUCGUCGACGACUCCCCAAUCCUCCAGGAGAUCACAUACAAGACGCUUGAGGACGCCGGCAUCCUGCGCAUGGAAUCGUCAAUGAACGAUGACGGCUCGUUCCAGUACGGCUUUGAGACCACCGACCCGAUCCAGCAGGACGUGGCCGGACAGCCCAAACAAAUCGGAGAGGAGAUCGGCAUCGUCAUGCAGGGAUCCUAUAGCUUCCAGACCCCUGAGGGUCAGACCAUCACCGUCAACUGGGUGGCCGACGAGAACGGCUUCCAGCCGCAGGGCGAUGCCAUCCCGGUGGACGCCAACGCCGCCGCGCAGGCCGCCGCCUUCGCCAACGCGCCGCAGCAGGUCACCUUCGACGAGCAGUUCUAAUGGACUCGGCUGCACGGAGCCAUAACACACAGCCUUCAAACGGGUGAUUUGACCUGGACUGACCUGAACUGACCUGGUGUGACCUCCUACCAAUGGCCGCCGCUGCAGUAGUGACAUUCUGCCAACUGAUGAAGUGAUGUUACACUUUCUCGAUUCUUUUUUGUCUUUGAAGAGUGCUUGUCGUGUAUGUCGAUGACUUCUGCAAUACAUGCAAUACUUUGCAUAUUUA